AACGAGACAAUGGCCAACAAAUCCCCCUCGACCCUGGCCGACGCUCGCCCAAAACACAUGAGCAGCCCCAUUUCUCUCCACGGAAUCGACAUAUCUUCCCUGGACGCUCGCGAUGUCUUUGGCUUGACUAUGGGCAGUGAUCUGUCUGCCUUACCCUCGGCCUCGCCCGACCUCUCGCGUGCGCGUGAAGACCACGACCGCCAGAGCUCCCGUUCUGCUCAUAGUCCUUCUCUUUCUGCUGGCCGCAUUACCGACGACGGCCCUGUUUCUCACUUUGAUCCCCCGCCUGAGUCUCGCUCUCGCUCAGUUUCCACCUGGAUUUAUCCCUACCGCCGACCUCCAGGUUCCUCUCCUGCCUUGUCCAUCCGUGCCAAAGACAGCGACGACGCUCCUGCUAUUCCUCCGCUAGAUACAAGUCAGCGUCCUUUUACCGCCGUUACUCCACACCCCUCGCCAGCUAUCCCUUCCACUUCAACGUCUAAUCUGAAUUCGAACAACACAAAACCCAAGCCGAGCAAGAAGCGUAUGCCUGUUCUGGGGAGAUCCAAGUCACUGCGCGCUGAAGAUCAGCUCAACGACCUCAUCGACAGCAAAUCCAAGACAAAAUCGCCUGUAGUCAAGCAAUCAAAGCACGGUGUCCACAGCAAAUCAACGCCAGCUAUUGAAAUGCCGCCCAUGCAAAAGCCUCUUCCUGACAACAGCCGCAAGUUUAUGGGCAUCAUGCGCGACCGCUCACAGGACAGGACUGACCUCGAGCCGGGAAACAAAUCAAGGGCCAAGAAGGAGAAGGUUCAGGAUCGUGAGGGUCACAUGUACAAGAACAACAACACAUCGGCCUUCUUCGACUUCCGCCAGAGUUCGUCACGCGCGACCGACGGUAUCACCAAGGCUAGCAAAGGCUUGCUUAGCAAGAUCACCCGUGGUGGGAGCAACCACGGCAAGCCCCAACCUGUCACUGACGAUGGAGACUAUGUUGUGCAGGUUCUCAAUAAGGGCCUUGUUGAGCAGACGCGCCUGACGCGAAUCGCACAAUCAUAUGACGACUGCAAGGAUAAGACCGAAUUCUGGAUGCCCGCCUUGCCAUGGCGCGCUAUCGAGUAUGUCUUCUUGCCUCUGUCAAAAUGCUUCGCUAACUUUACGCAGCNNUACUUGAACGGCAAAUGUGAAGAAGAAGGCCUAUACAGAGUCUCCGGUGGUGUGGCCAACGUGAGAAAGUGGAGGAGACGCUUCGAUACCGGUAAACACUUCCGUUCCUCAUUCCUCGAUAUCAACCUCCUGGAUGAGUCUGAUCUGUAUGACGCCAGCAUCAUCGCCUCUCUCUUCAAGGAAUGGAUCCGUGAACUUCCCGAGGACAUUUUCCCUAAGGAUGCUCAGCACCGUAUUACAUCUCAGCUUCCUAGCGAGGUACCCGACAAAGGCUUUGUUCCCGAGGUACUACGCCGCGAGCUCCAGCAUCUUCCGCCUUUCAACUACUAUCUUCUUUUCGCCAUUACUUGCCAUCUCAGUCUGUUGCUCGAGUAUCAGCACAAGAACAAGAUGACUCUGGACAACCUGUAUCGUUGUUUCAACCAAUCACUCAAACUCGAUGGCCGCAUCUUCUAUACUCUUGUUGGAAACUGGCGUUUGUGCUGGGCUGGUUGUGUUACCGAAAACGAUUAUCUUGUCAAAGAGUAUGACUACCUCAAGCACCCUUAUCCACAAUUCAUCCAGGACAGUCUGGCAGCCAAUGAGCGUGCCAUCUCUUCUUCCGAAAGCAGCGCUCCUCCUCCCAACGGGACCUUCACCCCCGAAGUACAGCGCCCUGCGACGUCGCACACUCUUCUUUCGCAGUCUAGUGAAAGCGACGAGCCCUUUAUCACGCCAGUCAAGAAGAAUACGCGCAGCUCUUCUGAUGUCACUGGCCUCUCGCCAAUGCGCUUCAACUCUAGCCCUCUUUAUCGAGGACCACCAUCCGACUCGUAA